AUGGCUUCCACUUUGGAGGUUGAGGGUGGCUCAGACUCAGAGAAUGAAGAGUGUCCAGUGAAACAAGUGGAACUCACCGUGCCUAAAACUGACGACCCCAACAUGCAGAUUCUCACGUUCAGAAUGUGGGUUCUGGGGGUUGUUUCAUGCGUGUUGUUGUCCUUUGUGAACCAGUUCUUUUGGUACAGGACACAGCCUUUGAUUGUUACCUCAGUUUCUGCUCAGAUUGCUGUGGUUCCUAUUGGCCACUUCAUGGCACGGACUUUGCCAACACGUGUGUUCUUCAAGGAUACGAGGUUUGAGUUCUCACUCAACCGGGGACCUUUCAACAUCAAAGAGCAUGUUCUGAUAACCAUCUUUGCCAAUUCUGGUGCUGGAACUGUGUAUGCUACUCAUAUUUUGAGUGCAGUGAAGCUCAUAUAUAAAAGAAAGCUCGAUUUCCUUCCUGCCUUACUAGUCAUGUUAACUACUCAGGUGCUGGGGUUCGGUUGGGCAGGAAUUUUCCGGAAAUUUCUAGUUGAGCCAGGGGAAAUGUGGUGGCCUUCUAAUCUGGUUCAGGUCUCAUUAUUCAGUGCUCUACAUGAGAAAGGCAAAAGGCCAAAAGGAGGCACAACAAGAACCCAAUUUUUCCUCCUUGUCUUGGUCUCAGGCUUGGCUUACUAUGUGUUUCCUGGCUAUCUGUUUUCGAUGUUGACAUCUUUCUCUUGGAUGUGUUGGGUUGCCCCCAAGUCUGUCCUAGUCCAACAACUUGGUUCUGGCUUGAGGGGUCUUGGAAUUGGUGCACUUGGAUUUGAUUGGUCUACCAUUUCUUCUUACCUUGGCAGUCCACUAGCCAGCCCUUGGUUUGCUACUGCUAAUAUUACUGUUGGGUUUUUUCUUAUUAUGUAUGUAAUGACACCAAUUUCUUACUGGUUCAAUGCCUAUGAUGCCAAGACUUUUCCAAUAUUUUCAAGUAAGCUGUUCAUGGGAAAUGGGACACAGUAUGAUAUUUCAACUAUUGUCAACUCCGACUUCCAUCUUGAUCGGCAUGCUUAUUCAAUCAACGGGCCAGUGCAUCUCAGCACAUUCUUCGCAAUGACAUAUGGCCUUGGAUUUGCAGCACUUUCUGCUACCGUUGUGCAUGUUCUGCUCUUUCAUGGAAGGGAAAUAUUGGAGCAAAGUAAAAGGGCCUUUGGGAACAGUACAAAAAUAGACAUCCACACAAGACUCAUGAGAAGAUACAGAUCAGUCCCCACGUGGUGGUUUUACAUCAUUCUAGUAGUGAACAUCGCUCUUAUCAUGUUUAUUUGUGAGCACUACAACGAAUCACUCCAGUUGCCUUGGUGGGGUGUAUUACUAGCAUGUGGGAUUUCCAUUUUCUUCACUCUUCCAAUUGGAAUAAUAAAUGCCACUACAAAUCAGCAACCCGGUUUAAACAUCAUAACAGAAUACAUAAUUGGUUACAUGUAUCCAGAGCGCCCUGUGGCUAACAUGUGCUUUAAGGUGUAUGGCUACAUCAGCAUGACUCAAGCACUAACCUUUCUGCAAGAUUUCAAACUUGGACACUAUAUGAAGAUUCCACCAAGAACUAUGUUCAUGGCACAGGUGGUAGGAACAAUUUUAUCAGUACUUAUAUACACAAUAACAGCAUGGUGGUUGAUGGGCACGAUCCCUCACCUUUGUGACACUUCCGUGUUGCUUCCUGAUAGCCCUUGGACUUGUCCGAUGGACAACGUGUUCUUUGAUGCAUCAGUUAUAUGGGGUCUUCUUGGACCACGCAGAAUCUUUGGAGACCUUGGUGAAUAUGCCAAAGUGAAUUUCUUCUUCAUUGGUGGAGCUAUUGCUCCCUUUCUGGUUUGGCUUGCUCACAAGGCGUUUCCAGGGAAAAAAUGGAUAACUCUAAUUCACAUGCCUGUUUUGUUGGGUGCUACAUCAAUGAUGCCCCCUGCAACCGCAAUCAACUUCACUAGUUGGAUAAUAGUUGCCUUUCUCUCAGGCUACGUUGCAUAUAGAUAUCGACAACAAUGGUGGAAACGCUACAAUUAUGUGCUGUCUGGUGGUCUUGAUGCUGGAACCGCCUUUAUGACAAUCUUACUGUUUCUUGCUUUGAACAAUAACAACAUUUUGCUUAACUGGUGGGGAAAUAAUCCUGAAGGGUGCCCCUUGGCUACUUGUCCCACGGAAAAAGGCAUUGUGGUUAAAGGUUGCCCGGUUUACUGA